AAGUCAAUAGUUCAAUGCAUAGUCUACCGUACCAUCUACAGAUAUAUUACACGCGAAUACUGUAUAGGGCAAGAAAAUUGGCGUGCCUAUACUCCGCAGUGGCUUUUGCAUACACUUGAGGAUGUCACAGAUGCUGGAUUGCGUACGCUGAUUGUUUGCGCGGUACAGAUAACACUAAUAGGAUGCCGUACAUAACAACUGGCAAGAUGGCCGAGCGGUCUAAGGCGCUAGGGUCAGGUUUAUCUGAUCAUACAUAUCUGCUCCCAAGAGCAACUAUUCCUAGUCACGCAAGUGGCGUGGGUUCGAAUCCCACUCUUGUCAUUCCUUUUUGCUUUGUUGCCGAUAUCUUCUGUAUCUUCUUCACAGCCAUUGCUGGGAAGCUUCCUUGUUGUGCCCGUCAUCAUCGAAGUCUGUACUGCGAGAGUAAUAAGCACAUCAAGGUCGAAGGAUAUCCAACAAUUUCAACACGGUAACCCAAAAGGCGGAUAUGAUGGCUCGCUUUGAAAUUGUAUG